AUGCGGGGUGGGGACGGACCUCGAAUAAUUGUGGAUCAAAACGGCAUGGGUCCAACUGGUGGUUAUAUUACACGAAUUACAAAUGAUGCACGAGAAGAUGAAAUGGACCAAAAUUUGCAGGAGGUUUCUGGUAUGAUCGGAAAUCUUCGUAACAUGGCUAUUGACAUGGGUAGUGAAAUUAAUCAGCAAAAUGUUCAGGUUGAGCGAAUACAGAUCAAGGCUAAGUCAAAUGCUGAACGAAUUAAAAAGGCUAAUGAACAAGCCAGUAAAUUGUUAAAAUAAGUUACAUGGAUUCGUUGAGUUUUCAUCAGAAUAUUGACUGCUGGAGAAAUCUUUCAAUUCUUGGUAAAUUGCUUUGAACACAGACUUUUCACAGCCACUUCCGUGUGCAUACGUGAAGCUUUUUGUGAUAGUGCUUCACCAAGCCCUUUAUAUUCAUCUAUUUUGUUUAUAUAUUUAUCACAAAUCAAUUCAAGGGAAGUUUGUG